CCUAUUAAUUAUGAAAGUCCAAAUUAGAUCGAUUCGUCCAUAAGUCGGUGAUCAAGUUGGCCCUCAAACCACAAUGUUGAGACAUCUCAUGAGCUCUAAAUGAACCAACUCACGAGUUGAGCUCAACAAACCACCGAGUCGAGCUAGCUCGCGAGCUUAACAAAGCUAAGCUCAAGCUUGACUCGUUAGUAAACGAGUCGAGUUUCGAACGAAUUUUUCCCGAUUCGAGCCUCGAGUUGCUCGCGAGUAGCUCGGCUCAUUUGCUGCCCUAAUUCUAUGUUCAUUAUAGUUACUAGACACCACCAUAAAUUCACUUUUAAUACAGUUAUUGCGUUAUUCAAUAAUUAUUUUUAUUAAUCCAUAACUUGAAGAAUGAAAUCGAUUGUUUUCCUAAAAAAAAAAUUGAUUGUUUUCACAGAAAUUGGAUGUGACCUUUAAAUUUCAAUGUCACAAAAAAUUGAAUUAAUUUCUUGACAUUUCUCUUUCUACCAUUAAAUUCUCCGUUUGCGGGAUCUAUAACAUUAACGAGACGUCCGAUCCAAUGUUUAAUUUCUAUCCAAGCUUUCAUUCAAUUUCUUUUUUGGGUAAAUUACAAGUUUGGUCACUAGAAUUACUAAAGAGUUUCACGUUUGUCACUAAAAUUAGUUAAUUCCAUUUAUAGUCACUAAAAUUAGUUCAACAGUUCAAGUUUGGUCACUCUCCGUUAGUCUCUAUUAACUUUCGCUGAUGUGGCAGUCAACUCAGAGAGUUGACCGUUAAAUAAGUGACGUGACAAUUGAAAAAUAAUUAAAUUGAAUUUUUUACAAUUUCCACCUCAGUAAAAAAAUAAAUAAAAUAAAACUAAAAAAAUAAUUAUAAUUAUCAUCCUACACUCCUUCCCUUACCUUCGGUGCCAGCUCCACAUCUUCGCUUCUUCUCCGGUCAAAGACCUAAUCUCGACAUCUAUCCGACAGGCACUCGACUCCCCGACCUCGCCGCGACACCUCUGUUGGGGAAGCCACUCGCCACCCCCCGAAUAAUGCAACACCAAUUUCAACAUCUACUUCACACCCACCUUCUAGUCGAACCCGUCCCUGUCGAUCACAUUUGCCCAUCUGGGUAUAGCUUUCUCCUUCCACCAUUUCAUUAUUAUCAUCGUCUCCUCCAAACGAGGGAAAUGGACUUUCAGUAUGCAACCAGCUUUCUCUGUACUACUACUUUGUUCUGUUCCAUUCAUCAUUGUGCUUCAUGUUGGGUUGGUCCAACACAUAUGGUGGUUGGAUUAACCGGUUUGAGUUUGAGUUUUGGUUGGUUUCUAGAAGAUCCUCUAUUUUCAAAAUAGAGAGUUAUUAUCUGGUCAAAAAGGGAAAAGAGAGUUCAGCCUUUCAUUUUUUCCAGAGAGAGAAUCAAGAAAAGAGAAGAGACAAGGAAAAAGAGAGAAGAGAGAAAGAGCUGCAGUUUUUCGUUUCUGCAGCAGGGCAGCCUGUUCAAGUGAGCGUUCUGGAAGAUUGAACCGUUGGAUCGUCCUGAUCAUUGUGUGUUUGUGAAAUACUUUGCUGAAAAUGAUUUCAUCAUUAUCUUGCUUUAUGUGGAUGACAUGUUGAUCGUGGGUCGGAAUGUUGGAGAGAUUGAUAGAUUGAAAAAGGAGUUGAGUAAAUCCUUUGCCAUGAAGGACUUAGGACCGGCGAAACAAAUUCUAGGGAUGAGAAUCUCUAGGGAUCGAAGGAAUGGAAAAUUUUGGUUGUCUCAAGAAAGGUAUAUUGAAAGAGCUCUUGAGCGGUUUAACAUGAGCAAGGCUAAGGCGGUUAGUACUCCACUUGGAGGACAUUUCAAGUUGAGUGUGAAGCAUUGUCCUACAAGUGAUGAAGAGAAAGAAGCAAUGAAGAAUGUGCCUUAUGCAUCUAUUGUUGGAAGCUUGAUGUAUGCCAUGGUUUGCACAAGACCGGAUAUUGCUCACGCCGUUGGAUUGUUAGUCGGUUUCUUUCCAAUCCGGGGAAAGAACAUUGGAGAGCAGUGAAGUGGAUUCUUCGCUACUUGAGAGGUACUUCUAGAGUGUGUCUAUGCUUUGGUAAUGGCAAGACCAUACUUGAUGGAUAUACCGAUGCUAACAUGGCAGGUGAUGUGGACUCUAGAAAGUCGACUUCUGGUUACAUGAUGACUUUUGCAGGUGCUGCAGUUUCAUGGCAAUCUAAACUGCAAAAAUGUGUUGCAUUAUCAACAAGAGAGGUAUGUGCUCUAUUGUGAUAGUCAAAGUGCAAUCCAUCUUUGCAAGAAUCCUACUUUCCAUUCAAGGUCGAAACACAUAGAUGUUCGGUAUCAUUGGAUUCGUGAUGUUUUGGAAGAAAAGUUGUUGGAGCUCAACAAGGUGCAUACGGAUGACAAUGGUUCGGACAUGAUGACUAAGUCUCUACCAAGUGGGAAACAUAUCUUCUGUCGAGAUGAAGCAGGUUUGGUGCUACCCCCCAUAUGAGCUGGAGGGGGAGAUUUGUUGGGUUGGUCCAACUCAUAUGGUGGUUGGAUUAACCGAUUUGAGUUUGAGUUUUGGUUGGUUUCUAGAAGAUCCUUUAUUUUCAAAAUAGAGAGUUAUUAUCUGGUCAAAAAGGGAAAAGAGAGUUCAGCCUUUCAUUUUUUCCAGAGAGAGAAUCAAGAAAAGAGAAGAGAUAAGGAAAAAGAGAGAAAGAGCUGCAGUUUUUCGUUUCUGCAGCAAGGCAGCCUGUUCAAGUAAGCGUUCUGGAAGAUUGAACCGUUGGAUCGUCCUGAAAUUUGGGAAGUGGGUUCGCAAUUGUCUGGGCUUCAUUCUUACAGAAGGGAUCGUCAUUUUGAGGUCUAGUUCGUCGGGAAUCGUUACUGGACAGAAGGUGUACGAAUCUGUUUUUGGGUAUCUCUCAACCUUUCUUUGUCUUGCUCUUGUUCUUGUUAUCCACCAUGUUGGCGAGAGCUAUUGUGGUUGAUUGUUGAUCCAAGAAGGGUGUUCUUGAGGUGCUUUUAAUCCUCUAGCUAGUCUAGAGAGGACUUGUAAUCCCACCAAAGUCUAGUGGAGUUGUGGCUUGGACAAAGGUCCCGUGGUUUUUCCCGAUUUGGGUUUUCCAUGUAAAAAUCGUGUGUCUUGUGCAUUCUAUUCUUGCUUGUGAUUGCUGCCCGGUUUCUCAACACUUCAUUGUGCUUAGAGCUGAUGAUAAUGGUGAAGGUGUCACUAUUGCUCUGUAUUCUCUGCUCUGCCGCCAUGCCCAUCUUGCUGUUUUCCCCAAUUUCCAGCUCGCAGAUAAGGAGCUCUCCGAGUAUAAGAAAGAUGGGUCCGCUGCAAAUCUCCGGAAUCGAACUGGGUCCAGGCGUCCAGCUAGAAAUCUGCUCUGGAGAAGAGUAAGCUUCUGCAGAAAGCUCUGCUCGGCCUAGCUUUGAUUGGAACUUGUAUGGUUAUCGGCGAUGGAGGUAUCAGAGCAUUAGGUUGUUUGGGGGCUGUGUUUGGUGAAUGGCAAGAAUGGAUGACUCAAGUGGAGCAAUGAUUAAGUUGACAUCAUCCAACUACUCUAUUUGGAAGCCACGGAUGGAGGAUAUUCUGUUUUGCAAGGAUCUCUAUGAGCCAAUUGAAAAUGGCAGCGUGAAGCCGGAAGACAAGACCGAGAAGCAAUGGGAGGUCUUGCAUAGAAAGACGGUAGCAAUCAUUCGACAAUGGAUUGACCAAAGCAUCUUUCAUCAUGUUGCAAAAGAAACAAGAGCAGAUGAA